AUGGAAAUAACCAAUACAUCUGGGAUGAGGGACGCCGUCCUUGUGCUCUCACUGGCUGUUCUUCAGGGAUUUCGACUAGUAGACGCUCUUCCAAACCCAUCACCUCUCAUAGGAUCCAACUGGGGGAAUCCGAGAAGACGUUGGACCAUCAGAUCAGCUGAAGUUUGCCAGUUUGCCAGUUUGCAGACGUCUUCAGACGUGAACAAUUUCUACAUUGAGAUCAGUUUAAAUGGCCACUUGCGCAAAACUACACUUCGAGGCUCAUACAGUGUGAUUUUAUUGAAGGCGGAAACAAGAGAGCGCGUGGCGAUACUUGGAGUCAAAAGUAACCGCUACCUGUGCAUGGAUGCCCUGGGAAACCCUUUCAGCUCUACUGUUUGCCACAAGGAAGACUGUCUUUUUAACCACAAGUUAUUGGAAAACCACCGCAACAUGUACUACUCUUGGAGAACUGGUAUUCUGCUCAACUUGGAAAGGAUAAAGCAAGUGUACACGGUGGGUCAGAAUCUACCGCAAACCUCCCUCUUCCUAUCGGAGAUGAACACCGUGCCGCUGGAGCGCCUCUUGCACCGGGAGAAGAGGAACCGGGUGGUUGAUUCUUCUGAUCCUUACAGCAUGCUGGGUCAAACGGAGGAGGAUGAGGACUCCCGGGCAAUGACGGAGCUGGAUGACACCUUGGAGAUGGACCAGAAGGCUGAACUCCCCGAGGGACGUCAAAGUCAAAGUCUCCCUCGACGACCCGUGGAACGUGCAUUCCCUAAACCCCCCCCGGGGUAACUCCACAUUGCAUUGUAAAGGCUUUAAAAGAUAAUGACAUUCCUCACACUUUUCUGCCUUUGGUAUAAUAUGACAAAAACAAUAAAAUCGAGUCACACAGGAUAUACAAACAUCCUGCCAAUAGUUCUGCAGAAUUUGCACUGAGCAAUGAUCUACUGUAAAAAGGGUCCAUUGUCAGCUAAAAAGCUAAUAAUUUACCCUGUAUUCCCAUAAUACUUUGUGUCCUCUACUUCUCAGUGUACUUGUCUGUGGUCGGGUAUUCAUUACUCUCUCGUGAUCAAUUUCUGAUUACAUUUGUUAAUAAAACGGGAGAAACAGACAAACCUCAAUGACAAAGGAACAAAAUUAUGUAAAAUAGAUACAUGAUAUCACUACAGGGAUAUGGACCCAACUUCAGACUGAUUCAAGCUGCACCAUCCGACCUCUCAAGCCAACCCACCCCGAUCUCUAGCCAAAUAAAUACACAAU